ACUCCUUUUUAUAUAGAUUCACGGAGGGCGCGUCCGUUAAGCCAAGCGCCUAGUAGCGCUGCUCCUCGCUCUAUACAAAAAAGCAUCAUCUUAGAGAUUCUUACUCGGUGCUGAGCAGAGUUGAGCUUGUACAACGCGCCCAGAAACUCCUAUAUGACGGAAUCGGCCGAAGGGUCGCGGGUGUUGUGGAAUCGACCGAGGAGUCACGAGUGUCAUUCACUCUACAAAGUGUUCGAUUAUCGUGGGCCUGCUUGUGGAUAAGAUCCGCUAUUAGCUACAACAGGCUGAGGUGCCUGACAUCAUGUUACAAUAAAUGUAUUUGAACAUAAUGGUCUUUUUAUUUCUGAUUCUCCGGAAUGAUUCGUAAAAUUGGCUGGAUCUCCUGUAUAAUUCGUGGAAUUCACUGAAGAGUUGCACCACUUGGCAUGUCGUGAAGUAUAGGAAAUGCUUAAAGUCACGUGAUACAUGUUCGUUUGCCCUGUCGAAACAAUAUUUGACAUGAUUUCCAAAAAGUUACAUACAUGUAUCAUCGUUGGAUCUUUCAUUGUGACCUUUGUUACUGCAGACUACUAUGAUGAAGAGUUUGAAAAAUUGGAUUUUUACACUCGCCUAGAGCGUGGUUAUGAUGGUAUUGCACACGACCUAAUAUGUAAGUUGAAAAGAGGAAGAGUUACGGGAACCAUUGAGAUCAUUCGACCUGGUGAUAAGAAAUUAGUUCUUCGGUGUGACAACCAAUUCACAAUCAAGAGUUGCAUGACGGUCGUCCCCGGUUACAAGCUGACAUCCACGUUUGGUUCAUCCUACGUGAUGACCAUCGAGUCUUUCAACCCUGCCGUUGACGUGGGUAUGUGGAGGUGUCGCGACACAGACGAUGAUGAAAGCAUGGCCUCAGUAAACAUUACAUCUGCUCCUAUCUUCAAGGUGACUGAGAACGAACUGCCCACACAGAAGAAUGAUUCUGAUGGCUACUUCAUCCAUGUCACUGGUGCAUGUACCUUUCCAGUGCCGGUAUGCAAUUGGAAAAUCAUGGAAGUUGGUGAAUCCGAGCUGAAGAAUCCCUUUGGAUUGACCAUGCGUACAGAUGUGCAGAUGUGCGGAAUUGAUGUGCAGGUCACAUGCACUGUACAAUUUGAAAAGACGACUGAGGCCUUCCUUGAUAAAUAUCUUAUCUUCUCUGUGACAAUCUGUCACCCCUCCAUUCCUGGCAGGUCCAUCACACCAGCUGCUAGUCCAGUCCUGUUCUUCCAAGGAGUCUCUGUGGACCUCUCUGCUAAGAAUGUGUACCCAGCACUAAACAUGUCAUUUGAUCUGGUGUGUACUGUGGAUCGGCAUGACAUAAAUCUCACUGGACCGGUUGAGUUCUAUAGGAAGGAAAAGAGUGGACAGUAUCAGAAGUUUGCUCAUGUAGCACAGAAUGCAAGCGAGUGCACCACCAGAUAUGCCCCAGAUGAAUAUGAUAUUGUUUGUGACACAGGAGCUGGAAACUUGACGAGCCACAAGGAAGUCUACGUGCUUGUGAUACUGAGACUACGUGCAGAGGAUUACACAGAUUGGUAUUGCUACCAUGUUUCAGCAAAAAAAGCAAGCAUCGCACUUCGUUUAGAGCUACCCAAACCUGAUACGCCACCAGAUGACCCACAGCGUGUCGCUGGUGGAGCAGAGGGAACUAUUAUAGCAUUGACUAUGAUCGUUCUGUUAAUUGCUGCAGCGGUACCAGCUGGUUGGAUCUUGUAUAAAAGGCGAAAGACACAGCCAGAUGACAAACAAGAGUUAAAAUCGGAGACCGAUCCAAACUCAAUGAGUGUGGUAGCGUGUAGUAACAUGGCAGUUGGCGUAAGUGAAGACGAACUGGAAGAUAUAGAAUGGGAUUCAUCGAACGAGACAGUUGAUAUUGACAUGGAUAAAACCCAAAACCAGGUUGAUAACCCAGACGCUUCAAAACCUACUAAACAAGUGGCAAAUGAGUCAGAUCCAACGUCUUGGCGUUAAAAAGAACAAGAUGGGUAAAGAAAAACCCAAUACUAAGUUGAUAACUCAGUCUUCUCAAGUUCUUCUAAGCCAGGGACCCAUUUUACUAAACAUUACGUCUGCUACUAGCAGUUAUACCUGUCGUGUGUUUGCACGUGUUUGACAUCAAUUUCACGCAGAAAAUUACAUCAUUACAGAAGCUGAAGUAUUUUAAAGACAAAAGAAAAUGAAAUAUGUGUUCUUCUAACUAUAUUUGUUGAACUAUAAUAGUAAUAAGAAUUGUGGUUUAGUCGUAAAUUUACGUUUACGUGCAAAACUAGGCUUACGAUGUUUUGUGAAAUUGGGCCUAGUCCCGGAACAGUGAUUAUAAAAAGGGAAAGGUGACCAGCCACUGAAGAGAAAUGUCAGGGUCAUCAGUCAUUGAAGAAAAAGGACAAGUUUACAGUUAACUGAAUAGAAAAGGGCAGGGUCAAAAUAUAUUGAAGGCAGGGUCUGUGUUACCAUUCAUUUACGAUAUUAAGAAAAUAAUUUGUUUACAAGCUAACAACAGUUUAAGUAUAGCAUUAUUUAGAGAUUAAUACAUUUUUAUAUUGAGCAUUAGUUACAGGACAAUAAAUGUAACCUUUUACAAAGAACAUUAUUCAAAUAACAAUACAUUUGACCUUGUAAAUGUUAACUUUAUAAUAAAUGCAUUAACUGAGCUGUACGGUUUAUAUCUAUUUUACUGUAUACUUUGUAUUCCCAAUAACGCGUAAAAAAUGUUCCUAAUUUCACUCUAGCAUAAGCAUUACAAAUUGGUUUUUUUACAAAAUACUAUGCUAAAUAUUCGAAACUUUAUUUCAGAACAAGGAUGACAUCUUAAUUCAUGACAUGACAUCAUUCUUGAUCAUUUGCAAUACAUCAUUAAACAGCUGCAGUCAGGGAAACCCUCACAAAUUACAUCACUAUUUCUCAGUUGUUUUCCCUAUUACUCAAAAAGCAAUUUUAAACCAGAAUUUUUAAUAAUUUUUAUAUAAUUGAAAUAACCUUCAUUGGAAAUAAAAACGUCACCCGUCAAUUUGAACUAUAACUUUGGCAAAACAGUUUAUUAUCUUGGUUUAACUUUACUUUAUUAUAAAAUUAACCUGUAUGUAGAUCAUUACUUAGUUAACAGUGAAAAGUAGAAUAUUAUUUAAAGGACAAUACAUGAUAUUUUGAUAUUUAAAUAUGUGUUACCUUUUAAAGAGGCAGACCCUAGUUUUAACCCGUAAAAAAAUCGACACUAAGUUUAGUUAAUUUACAAACCUGUAACUCAUCUG